AUGGCUGCCUGGGGGCGUACGCAGAGUGAACUCCCUGCUGGAGAGGUGCUUGCCAGAUCGGCGGCCCAGCUGGAUGAUGCGACCGCUUCUGCCCUGCGGGGCGACUACGCCUGGCUCGAGGCAUGCCUGCGUCGACAGCCCGCCAGAAACGACCGGGCGUGGAUCCUUACCACUGGCAACCAGUUUUGCCCGAAGCAGCCGGCCAUGCAACAGCAACUCUGGCCUAUCGUGGUCUCCUGCUUGCGACAGCGACUACCAGAAGGCCUGGUGCAAGAGGUUGCGGACACCAUUUUUAACAUGGCCCCUGCCUUGUGGUACCAGGACUACAUUAUGGUGCUGUUGCCCUGGCUCGGCCCUUCCGAGCAGCUACGAUUCCAGCAGUGGUUCCAGGAAUAUGAGCGGCAUCAGUUUUUGGCUCUGCCACGGGGCGUCGAGGACGCUGCACAGCCGCCUGGCGAGACAUUGGACCGUCAUGUCCUUCCGCGUGGCUCCAAUGUGAAGUAUUGCGACCCUUUCGAAGUUUUCGAAGGUCAGUACCGUCGGCGCCGCCUGAGCCGUCGUCAGGAUAUGCGGCCCAUUGUGACGGCCGGCCAGUCGUUGCGCACGAAAAGCUCGCUUGAUGCAACGGCCCUUGACCCGCAGGACACCCCGCACCCUCGCCUGGACUCCCUGACCCAAACCACGCUCAAGCAGUUUUGGGAUGCCAAAUGCGAUGUUCGCGAUGCCCUGGCCGCCACUGACAAUUACUCCAGUCCUGUCAUCUUGUACAUCGCUGACUGUAGCCUCAACGCUGUCCGUAGAGUCUUUCCGGGUGUAGCGAAUGGACUAAGAUGUUGGAUCCGUGCAUGGAGAAGCCUUCUCCACUUUCAUGGCCUGGACCGCCAAAUGCGCAAGUCUGCCCGUGCCAGAAAACUGAAACAGCUGGAGGGCCUUCUUCGCGAGGCCCAAUCUUCGCCAUCUCAGGGAGUUCUGGGACUUUAUAGGAUCAUUCACCGGUUCAAGCCCAAGUCAUCGAAGCGCACGAUACAUUUUCGCAACGCUGCGGGCCAGCUUCUCACAGCGCAAGAGGAACUCCAGCAGCUGAAGCAUUACCUUGGUGCUCUUUUUCAGGAGUCUGACAAGCCGCCGGUGCCCGACUGGUAUCUUCACGAAGGCUUGAUGCCCACAUUAGGUGAGGUUACGUCUGCCUUGACAUCCCUUCCCUGCAGUAAAGCUCUUCCGAACGGCCAUGCACCGGCGGCCCUGUGGCGCCACAAUGUUGAUGCUCUAGCUCCGGUAGUGACGCAUCAGCUGCAACAUGCAUUAGGAGGGAAAGCCUCCCACGACUCCGCAGAACCUGCGCCCGAUCUGUCUGCUGCCUGCUAUGUCAAAGGCGAAUACCGAAAUUCCUUGUUUGACAAGCGGGCAGGGGUGCAGCACCGCCACUUCUGUGGCGGGAUGCAGGUCUCGUUCGACCUCUCCAAAGCGUAUGAUCGCAUACCACGAGACAAGUUGCACCAGGCAUUGACUAGGAUAGCGGCCCCUCCGGACCUCAUCUCUGCUAUCAUGUACAUUCAUGACAAUGCAUCUAUAGUACUGGAACGCCACGGCCUGACUGCUUCAGUUGACCUGGCUGCCGGCAUUCGCCAGGGCUGUGGCUUAUCCCCCCUGCUAUGGCUGGCCUUUACCCUACUACUGUAUGAUGAAUUGCUCCCCUUGUGCCCACAGGAAGCGAUCACGUGCUUUGCAGAUGAUUUUCAUGUGCACUGGACCCUCGCCACCCCACGUGACUUCAGGAAUGCCUGCCAACAGAUCCUUCGCAUCUUUGAUGUCUUCAAGCGGUAUGGCAUGAGCAUAGCCAUGGACAAAACGGUUAUCUUGCUCGCCAUGAAGGGUCCGGAAGUCCCGGGGCUUUUGAAAGAGCACGUUCGCUGGAAGGGCAGGGACCGCGUCCUAGUCCUGCCCACUGAAGACGGGACCCUACAACUUCCUAUCCGGAACUCCCACAAGUACCUAGGGGUCCACAUAGGCUACCACAAAUUUGAACGCACCACCCUUUCGGCGAGACUCAAGCUGUCCUGGAUUGCCUUCAGCCGGUUGCAUGUGUUUCUCAAGCACCCGGGAAUACCGGUACUCAGGCGUCUGAGCCUGUGGCGCACGUAUGUUUGGGCCAUCCUGCAGUACGGCCUGACCUCUGUUGGCCUGGACGCUUGGUCAGUUGACAAGCUACGUAGUCAAGUAGCCAAACAGGAUCCUGUGGCCAUGCUGUUGGCGGCUUGUAGCAAACGGGUGGAGGCUAGCGAGCAGGCCAUAGGUUUCGAGGACCGGCAGCAGUGCACCGUAAAUCCUGCACCGUACUGUGGAUGUGUGGGCAUUUUCUCCAUCGCUUUAGCUCCCUGGAUGAUCCAGGAGCUUCGGGAAGCAGCUGCGGAGCUCGAGAGGGAGCCGUCGACGGCAGCUGGCAGUGCCCGGAACUGCCAGGGGAGCGAAGAGCUGGUUCCGGACCGUAACUCUGUGCCAGCCCGAAUGGAGGUGGACAGGGAGAAGCGCCUGGCAGAAGAGCAGGCGGGGGAAGCCGCGACGACGAAGUGGCCGCGCAGCCACUCCAAAGGCGACCGAAAAGGCGACGAGCCGCCGGAGCCGGAAGCCACUCUGAACCCGGAGCCCGCGGGCAAGGGACGAGCACCCUCUCCUACCCGACCCUUGCAACGGCGUUCCAGGCAGGGGCAAGAGCAGCGCGGACAAGGGAGCCAGCAACAGCAGCGCCAAGCUUGGUGGGGCCAACAGCGCAGGGCGAGCGAUCGCAACGACCGGGGCUACCGCCAGGAUCGGAGGGUCCAGGACCGGGAGACUGCACUGCAGGACCUGGUGGUUGCAACGGGGAGGCUGACGCUGAGGAUCGAGGACAGCCUCAAUGUUUAUGGCCUCGACACCAGCUUUAUGCUGUUCCUUCAGACGAGGGAGUCGGAAAAGGGUUGGACGAUCACAAAGCAGCUCUACUCCGUUGCGAAAGAGUGGAACCGCCAGAAAGCGGAGGAUGCCACGGUCCUCACUCAGCCGAUGCGGACGGUGCUACUGCACUGUCUCCUUGCUGCCCUUCGCGACCGCCUCCGCAGCAUGGAAACAGACACGGAAAUUUGUCUCAAAGCCAAGGAGAUGGGCCUGACAGACGGCACGAGCUACCUGUAUCUCCGCUGGAACCCGACGGACCAUCGGUACGAGCGGGGCACGCAGGAGCCAUUGGCUCAUGCGAAGGCGGUGGAGAUCGUGGACUAUCUAGUCCAGCUUACCUCCUUCCCGGACACUGUGGGGAAGUUUCAUCCGCUGCGCAAGCUCACCGAGUCGAUGGAGAGCGAAGUGAUCCCGUUCGCGCUCCAGAUUCAGAAUCGCACCCAGGAGGCACAUCAAAUGUAUUGCCUCAUGAGGCGUUUGUGCCGCAAUGGCUGCCUCCACCUGGUGGGAGCAACGGCACGCCCCACGCAGCUGGGCAGGAGCCCCUUGGCGGUGCACAUCGACCAGCUUCUGCAGGCGGUACAGCGCUGA